UUCCAUAGAGUCACUAUCUGCCGACUCACUUUGUUUCCGUUUGUUUAUUUUCGCUCUCUGACAGCUUCAUCUGCCAUACCAGAGUCGUGUCUGCAUUUUACAGACCAAAAGAAGAAGGACGGGAGUAAAAGAGAAAGAAAGACGAGAAGGAUGAGGAGUGUCGGGUAUAGAGGAGCCUCUUUGCCAUCUCUCAUGGCCCUUCACUAAGGUGUCUAAUGGCAUCCAGCCCAGAGCUGUCAGUGUGAGAAGUGAAUCUUACAAGAGAAGUCAUUAAGGGAAUAGAAGUUUACAUGGAGCAUGGCCUCAGCCAAAGAUGAUGACAUGGACGCACAACAGGUACACAUUAAAGAAGAGGACUGUGAGUGGGGUACACCAGUGGAAUUGUAUGAGAAGCUGGAGGAUCAUGAAGAACAAAUCUCUGUUUUUAAAGAGGAAGAGUGCAAGGAGGAAAAUGUAGUUAAGGAUUCAAAAGAUUUCUCAGUUGGUCUUGAACUUCAAAACCAUGAAAAUGGAAAAACUUUCAAGCAAGAUGUUUGGGAAGAAUCUCAUUCCAAUUCAAAAUUCUGGUUCACUAAUAUGACAGAACUGGCUACCCAGCAGAAUUCUAUGGUACUGAAAUCAGAGUUAUCUGAAUUUGAAGAGAAAAACAGUGAAGGAUACAGGAGAGAAGCAGAAGGACAGAAGAUAUCUAGGAUUGUGGGAAUAAAUUUACGAGAGAAUGGCAGCUUCUCCACAUCUUCAUUUGUUCGGCCUUCACUUCAGUGUAGACUGAUACAGAAACGAAAACUGGACAAUGAGAAGAUUAACAAAUCAACAAGAUCAGAGACUUUGCCAGCAGCCUCUUCCCAGUGCAGUUCUCUUCCUGUUGCCAAACAAGCACAGGCAGAAGCCGUCAUAAGUAAUCUACAACUGUGUAAACAAAUACAGAUUCACACUGGAGAAAAACCUCAUUAUUGUUUGGAAUGUGGGAAACGAUUCUCACAUAGAAGUAGUCUUUGUAAGCAUAAGAAAAUUCACACUGGUGAUAAGCCGCAUUGCUGUUCUAAAUGUGACAAAUGUUUCUUACAGAAAAGUAAUCUUAAUAUCCACAUGAAAGUUCAUACAGGAGAAAAAUCACAUUGCUGUCCAGAGUGUGGUAAAAGAUUUUCACGACUAUGCAAGCUUCAGAGCCAUACCAGAAUACACACUGGAGAAAAAUCUCAUUGCUGUCUAAAAUGUGGCAAACAAUUCUGUGGUAGUAGCAGUUUGCAGGAGCACACGCGAAUUCAUACUGGAGAGAAGCCAUAUGUCUGUUCUGAAUGUGGCAAACAGUUCUCUCACAGUAGCAGUUUUCAAAAACACAAGAAUUCACACUGGAGAAAAGCCAUUUGGCUGUUCUGAAUGUGGUAAACGAUUCUCACAAGUAAGCCAUCUUCACAGCCACACAAGAAUUCACACUAGAAAGAAACCCUAUUGUUGAUCUGAAUGUGGGAAACAAUUCUCAAACAACAGUGGCUUGAAUUGUCAUGAAAGAAUUCACUGUGGUAAGAAACCUCAGAGCUGUUCUGAAGGUGGCAGGUAGUGUGGCAUAGUGAUUACAGGCAGUAUUAUGGUUGAUUGGGGUGAGGCCAGUUUGAACAGACCAGUGGAGAUCCUUGCCUGCUCUGGUGUGUAUUUAAAGCCUCCCAUCCUUUUGCUGUUGUCCUGAAUGCAAUUAAGCACAGAUAAAUCUCAGGGAUCAUUGAGUUUUCAACCCUAAUGAAUCACUCUUAUGGAAAAUCAAACAUAACCAAUACAAUCUGUGAUGAGUCAGAUGUGCAGUAAAACAACUGAGAUAGUACCAGUGGUGCUGGAAUGAACAGGCCUUAUAAAAAAUAAAAUGCAGGACCAUCUAGAUGUCAGAUGAAUUAUAGAAGGAAGUACUAGAAGGGACAAUGCAAGUUCUUCACAAAAUUUUGGCAACAAUUCUAAACAGUGUGAAAAUGAUAAACUUAUCAUCCAGCAUUACGCAUCAAUCAUGUAAUUUUUAUUUUCAGAGUUGACUUCAUGGUGAUUUGAAAACUUUGUAAUUUUGUUCUUUAUUUUAAAACUGUUGCUACUGUGACAUUCAUAAUAUUUGUAGGCAUCAUGUUAAUAAAGC